AUGGCAGAGCAAACCCACAGGGCUCAUCGCAAGCCCACGGUGGGAAGCAAGGCCGAUAAAAAGGACAAGGCGGCCGGUAUCGACCGCUCCUCGGCCAAGGGCUUCAACCCAAAGGCCUUCACAUCGCAGUCAUGGCGCUCGGCCAACAUCGCUGCCCGGCGAACCGCCGAAAAGGACCAGAAACGACUCCAUGUCCCUCUUGUCAACCGCAACCCCGAUGAACGCAAGGUCACUGCCCAGAAGGGCCAGGGGAUGGACGAGGGCCGCGUCCCACCACCGCCCAUCGUUGUUGGUCUCGUCGGCCCGCCUGGCGUCGGCAAGUCGACCCUCCUCCGCUCCCUCGUACGCCGCUACACCAAGCACAACCUCUCAGAACCCAAGGGUCCCGUCACCGUCGUGAGCGGCAAGACGCGCCGCAUCACGUUCGUCGAGUGUGGGAACGACCUCAACUCCAUGAUCGACCUUGGCAAGGUCGUCGACCUCGUGCUCCUCAUGAUCGACGGCAGUUUUGGUUUCGAGAUGGAGACGUUUGAGUUUCUCAACAUCCUCCAGGCGCACGGUUUCCCCAAGGUCGUCGGCAUCCUCACGCACCUCGACCUCAUCAAGAAACAGUCGACCCUCAAGGACACCAAGAAGCGCCUCAAGCACCGAUUCUGGACCGAGAUCUACCAGGGUGCCAAGCUCAUCGGCCUCUCGGGUGUCAUUAACGGUCGCUACCCCGACGCCGAGAUCAACCUGCUCACGCGCUUCAUCUCCACCAUGAAGUUCCGUCCCCUCGUCUUCCGCAACCAGCACCCCUACCUCCUCGCCGACCGUAUCCAGGACCUGACGCCUCGUGAGGCGGUCCGAACAAACCCAAAGAUGGACCGUACCAUCACGCUCUACGGCUACCUGCGCGGUCCCAACUUGCCGGCACGCAAUGCCAAGAUCCACAUCCCUGGUGCUGGCGACCUUGAGGUGCGCGAGGUUGAGCGCCUGCGCGACCCGUGCCCGUUGCCGACGCUCGAGUCGGAGCGCCGCCGGAAGAUGGGCGAGAAGGCCAAGCUCAUUCAUGCGCCCAUGAGCGACGUGGGCGGCGUCAUGUACGACAAGGACGCCGUGUAUGUCAACGUCCUCGGCUCAUUCUCCAAGGACAGCGAUGCGCCCAAGGGCGAAGGCGAGCGUAUGGUCAUGGAGAUGCAGGAAGCCAACUCGACGCUCGCCGACGCCAUCAAGAACUCGGAGAUCCGCCUGUUCGGUGACUCGUCUGGCGCGCUCCGUAUCGAAGAGGAGAGUGGUCGGCGCGUGCGUCGCCGUGCCGAGCCCCGCUCCGGCGGACCCGUCCUCGGCGCAGCCGACGACGACGAGUCAGACUUUGACGAUGAGUUUGACGACGAAGACGGUUUCGCGCGCGUUGAGGAGAUGGACGACGACGACGAGCAGGAUGGUGAUGCCAUGUACGCGGAUUCGGACUCGGACAACGACCUCUCCAUGGCCACCAGUUUCCAGCAGGACGGCAAACGCGUCGACAUGUCGGACGAGGAGUAUGAGGGUGACGAGGCUGAAGUCGACAGCGACGUGGAGGACGUGCCGCGGUGGAAGCAGAACCUCUCCCAGCGUGCAGCAGCCAACUUUGCCGAAAGGAUGCAGAGGCGGCGUGACCUCAUGUCGAUUAUCUAUGGCGACGAGCUGUCACCCGAGGAGAUCGCUGCGGGCAGGUCACGUCCGUCGUCGGCCGACGCCGAGUCGAGCAGGAUGGCCCUCGAGAACGAGGGCUUCGUCCGCGUUUCAGGCGACGACAACUCGGGCGACGAUGAUGACCAUCUCAAGGUGUCGUACGACCCUGCAGCGCUCGAGGCCCGUUGGUCUGACGAGGGGCUGCUCGACUCGUUGCAGAGUAUGUUCAUCUCAGGCAAGAUGGGCGACGAGACCGCCGAAGGCCUGCCCUACGAGGAAGAGGGUGGCGACUUUGAGGACCUUGAGGGUGGGGAGGACGGUGACAACGUUCCGUACGUUGGCGUCAAGCCGGCCGGCGCACCCCAGUCGGCGGAGGAGAUGGAGGCAGCCCGCCAAGAUGCACUCGACAAGAAGAAGAAGGCGCUCGCGGCCAAGUUUGACGAGCAGUACGACGAUGACUCAGACGGCGAGGGCGGCAAGAUGGACUUCUACGACCAGCAGAAGGCCGAGAUGGCCAAGCAGCGCGAGAUGAACGAGACCGAGUUCGAAGGCAUGGACUCGAACGCGCGUGCGCAGAUCGAGGGCUUCCGCUCAGGAUCGUACGUCCGCCUCGAGAUCGACAACGUGCCGUGCGAACUCGUCGAGAACUUUGACCCCAAGUUCCCGAUCAUCGUUGGCGGUCUGCUCCAGGCAGAGGAGUCGUUUGGAUACAUCACAGUCCGUAUCAAGCGCCACCGUUGGUUCACCAAGACGCUCAAGACCAACAACCCGCUCAUCUUCUCGCUGGGUUGGCGCCGCUUCCAGACCCUCCCGCUGUACCACCUCGAUGACCACUCGAUCCGCAACCGCAUGCUCAAGUACACACCUGAGCAUAUGCACUGCUUCGCGACGUUCUAUGGCCCUGUCAGCGCGCCGAACACGGGUUUCGCCGCGUUCAACACGCUGGCAGACGACGUCCCUGGCUUCCGCAUCUCGGCGACUGGUGUGGUCCUCGAUAUCGACCGCAGCACCAAGAUCGUCAAGAAGCUCAAGCUCACCGGUGCACCGUACAAGAUCUUCAAGAACACGGCAUUCAUUAAGGACAUGUUCAACUCGGCGCUCGAGGUGGCCAAGUUCGAGGGUGCCAAUAUUCGCACGGUUUCAGGCAUCCGUGGUCAGGUGAAGCGCGCACUGUCAAAGCCCGACGGCGCGUUCCGCGCGACCUUUGAGGACAAGAUCCUCAUGUCGGACAUUGUCUUCUUGCGCGCGUGGUACUCGAUUGAGCCGAAGAAGCUGUACAAUCCUGUCACCUCGCUUCUUCUUUCGAACAAGAGGGGGUGGCAGGGGAUGCGCCUUACCGGCCAGAUCCGUCGCGAUGAGCAGGUCGACACGCCACUCGACCCCAACUCGGCAUACCGCACGAUUGAGCGCAGCGCCCGCAAGUUCAACCCGCUCAAGAUCCCGCGCAAGCUCCAGUCCGACCUGCCAUACGCGUCCAAGCCCAAGAUCAUGAAGGCCCAGAACAAGCCGACAUACCUCCAGUCGCGUGCUGUCGUGCUUGGCGACGAGGAGAAGAAGGCCGUUGCGCUGCUCCAGCAGAUUCAGAGUCUGGAGAAGGACAAGAAGGCUCGUCGGCACGCCAAGAAGGAGGAGAACAGGUCCGCGCACCGGAAGAAGAUCGACGAGAGCGAGGAGCGCCGCGCCGAGAAGAUCCGCGCCGAGCGCAAGGCCCACCUCCGCACCGAGGCGAUCAAGCGCAAGCACCAGGAGGCAGCGGCAGAGUCCGGCGGGCGUGGGAAGAGGAAGCGCACUUAG